AUGUCGAAGGGAGAAGAAGAAAAAAUGAAAUCUGAACGUGAACGUUUACUAUUACAGCGUGAAUUAAUGGAAAAAUUAACGUGUGGUGUAACAAAACAAAAUGUCAUGGAAGAUAAAAUUUGUCUUGAUUAUCCAUUAUUAAUUACACGUGAUAAUCGCGGUCGAUUAUGGCUAGAAAUUGUUUUGGAACUCAUUUCUUAUCAUGCAUACGUUGCAGAAAUACAGAAAUCCGGGGAAAACAAAUUAGAUUUUUAUGAACAUUUGAAAUUUCGUUCUGUCACAGGAGCAGAUUACAAUCAUUGGUUACCGUUGUAUAUUAAUGCUAAUCAUUUUAAGCAAGGACAAACAAUCAUUCAAAAUAGUAUUAGUGUUAUUCAUAAUGAUACUGCUCAGGGUUUUGCAAGACAUGAUUUCAAGUCAGAUAUGGCAUUGAAUGUCUUAACUACUUUAAUGAAUUAA